GAUCACUUUGAGCUCUCUAGAGGCAACACAGGUGAACCAUAAAGCCAUCUCGUGCGAACCCGCUCAUCGCUUUUAAUGGAUAAACCACCAUUCCUAUGCGGCGCAGCGCCGCAGUCGUCCCUGUGAGCAUGGCUUGGUCUUGGGUCGUCCGAUCCUUCCGGCACAAGGUCGCCUUGGCAAUUGGCGCAAAUGACAUAAAGGAAGCUGCAAGCCCGCUGCCAGAGCAGCUUCGUACAUCUUACCACCUACGGCUGCAAUCAGAACCCUGAAUUAUACAAGAUGAGUUACGGCGGCUAUCCUCCCCAGCAAGGCUACGGCCAACAAUACCCUCCUCAAGGCCAACCUCCAUACCCGCAACAACAACAACCCUAUGGCGCACCACCCGGUCCUCCUCCAGGUCACUCACCUUACCCACAACAGCAUGGCGGAUACGGUGCUCCCCCUGGCCCGCCCAUGGGACAUCAUCCAUCGCAGUCGUUUGGUGGCCAUCCUUCUCAGUCCUUUGGUGCCCCUCCUCCUGGACCCCCACCAGGGCAGUAUGGUGCUCCUCCAGGCCCUCCUCCCGGUCAAUACGGCCAGCCACAGUAUGGUGCACCGGCCCAGUACGGCAGUGGCCCUCCUUCACCACCUUCCGCUGGCUACGUUCCAGGCCAAGUAGCUCCUAUGGACAUGUCGAGACAGGCCGAUGACUUGCGCAAAGCCAUGAAGGGUUUCGGAACCGAUGAGAAGGCUCUCAUCGCUAUACUCGCACCUCUCGAUCCUCUCCAGGCUGCUGGUGUCCGUCAGGCAUUCAACCAGCGCCACCGUCGCGACCUUCUGAAAGACAUUGAGUCCGAGACAUCGGGCUACUUCCGCGACGGCCUUAUGGCACUGGCACGUGGUCCUCUCGAGCAAGACGUUCUGAACGCAAACAAAGCUAUCAAGGGUAUGGGUACCAAGGAAUCCAUUCUCAACGACGUUCUCCUGGGACGUAGCAAUGCCGACAUGAACGCGAUAAAGGCCCACUACCACCAUGUCUAUAAGCGAUCUUUGGAGUCGGACGUCAAGGGCGACCUAUCGCUUAAAACUGAGCGCCUCUUCGACAUGGUCAUAGCAGCACGCCGCAACGAAGAGUCGUCUCCCGUCAUCCCUCAGCAAAUCGAGGCCGAUGUUAGCGAGCUUUACCGGGCUACUGAAGGUAGCAAGAUCGGAGCUGACCAAGUCGCUGUCUGCGCCAUCAUGACCUCGCGUAGUGACGGCCAGCUCCGUGCCAUCUCCCAAGCAUAUCGUCAGAAGUACCACCGCGAACUUGCCGAGGUCUUGAAAAAGAACUUCAGCGGCCAUAUGGAGGAUGCUCUGCUCUACAUUCUACUCAAUGCUGAGGACCGCGCCAAGCAUGAUGCUCAACUACUCGAAGCUGCCAUGUCAGGCAUGGGCACCAAGGACGACCUGCUGGUCAACAGAAUCGUGAGAAUCCACUGGGACAAACACCGCAUGGGACAAGCCCGUGGCGCCUACAGACACUUCUUCCAGCGAGACCUGGCCGAUCGCAUUCGUGGCGAGACAAGAGGCGACUACGAGAAGUUAAUGGUAGCCUGCGUCCAAAGCGCUUAAUUGUCCUACCCGACUGACUGUUAUAGCUGCUCUUUGAUUCUUGAUUAUUUUUGUGGAGGGCUUUUGGAUAUGGAAACAAGGCGGUGGUGGAUACCUUACGAGUAACGAAUGGGCGGUAUAAGCCUUUUUAUAUGAUACCUCCUCGCCGAGAUUAAUGCUAUUCUUCAAUCGAACGACCUUCUGGAAUUCGCACUAUUGCA